GUUAAGCCAGCCCCUUUGGAAAUCAAGCCUGUAUCUGAAUGGGAGGAGUAUACAGCACCGGUUCGAUCGCCCGUCACCAGGUCCUUCACGAGGGACCCUUCUAGGUUUACUGUGGCCCCCAGACCGUCCUCGGGGCAAAGCACUGCCUCCAGCAGCGACUCGGACGAGUGUGAUGAGAAUUAUGUAACCAUGCAGGCUAAUAUGUCUUCAGAUGAACCAAACAAGUUAGGAGCACCAAUGAAUGCUGAUGGAGGUGGCAGUCCCAUGGUGAAACCCAAAGGAGACAAGCAGGUGGAGUACCUGGACCUCGACUUGGACCCUGGGAAAUCAACUCCACCUCGAAAGAAGAAGAAUAACGGGACUGGUAUUUCUGCAUCAGAUGAGCGUGUAGACUAUGUGCUGGUGGAUCAGCAGCGAACGCAAGCACUGAAAAGCACCCGGGAGGCCUGGAGUGAUGGACGGCAGUCGACAGAGGACACCCCCACCAAAGGGGCCAAAUGACAUCCAUCUCUUCUGGUAGGUCAGGACUCGUGGGAGACCCAGGAAGGGAGGACACCGCACAAGCUCUGAACCUCCUAUCUGGCCCUCCACCUUUGAUUUUAGAUACAGCUGUGUGACAGCGCCUAGGUCACAGCUCCCAGAUCAGCUAGUUUACACUGCUUCCUGCUAGACGACAGUACCCACGCAGGGGAGAGCUGGUCCCAGGGAUCCUCACCAAUAAGCUGACAGACUCAAAAGUAUGGACUGCACACUGCACAGGGGCUGAAGAACUUGCCAAGCCACUUCGGCUGAAAGCCCAGUGAAAAUGAUGCUAAACAGAAGCAGGUAUUAUUCCUACACACUGCCCACCACCCAUCCACAUUUUUUCGUUUGGAUAUCAUUUUCUCCCAUCAUGGUAUCAAAGCACAUUAUUCCAAUGGCUUGGGGUACAUCAGGUCUGUCCUCAAGUAAUGUUCCAUGUUCACAAAACUGCCAAGUCGAGGACGUUUUAGAAGCCUAAAAUGUUCAUUUGUGUAUAGUUUCUUGAUAAUCUGAAACCAGUAGACAUCUAGGUUUCAGAAUGUUCCAUUAGUUUUUUUUCUUUUGGCCUCAAGUGUAAUUUGGUAGUGCAAUCAAAAGGUGUUGAGUUUGCUUGAACUGCAAAUCUACUUAAGGUGACAGAGUUAGUUUGUUAAAAAAAAAGAAAGAAAAAAGAUUUUUGUUGGCGUUUAAGACAGCAGGCAGACUGUAUAAAGUGUUAUGUACAUGAAUAAAAGUGUCCUUUAUUUGUAUCUUAAUAUCCAGUGUGAGUUAAGGCUAAGAUGUGGAUUCUGCAGGAUAGAAGUCUACACGGUCUGAGAUGGUAUCAGAAACUAUGAAAUGUUAUCGGUGGAAUCAGGAACUGUGAUCGUUUUUAUUAGAGAAGAGAAUUCUCUGUUGUUGUUGUUGUUGUUUUGUGUGUUUUAUGUUCUUAUUUUGGCUCCUUUCUCUUUUUUUUCAAAGCAAGGUAUCAAUUUACAGAAGCGCUGAGGUCAGGUACUCACUGAAAGGUUGAACAGAUUUCAUGUUUGAAUUUUAUUCUGCAGCUUUAGAUGACAUCUCAAGCGUUGCAGUUUGUAUGUUCUCGUAGAAACCUUAUGAAAUUGCUCAUGAUGCAAGAUAUUAUGACAAAGGCUUUGUGCUGUAUGAGAUCAUGCCUUCGUGGAAAGGAGGAAAAGUCGGUCAAGUAGUUUCAGGUAUUUUCUUUUGUCUCUGUGUUGACUGGUCUAUCAAUGCGUUUUAUUGCCACUUCAAUAAUUUAUUUCAAAUAGAGUCCACGGCUCUUGAAGACUAAUUGCCUUACCGUUGCAACUUUUUUUUUUUUUAAAUGAUGUAAAUAUGAUUCAUUCACUGAUUUUUAGCUCAUGUCAGAACACAUCUAUUGAGAAUACAUCAGCAUAGAAGUCUACUGUGUGUAUGUAAAAUAAAAAUAAAAAAGCUCUACUAACUACCGUUCUUAAGCCAAGAAGACAGCUGCGGUGUAUCAGAACAUUGGUGGCUUCUGCUGUAUAUAUCCAUACAGGCUCUUCAAGCAUGUCUUUAGAUUCAAAGCUGUGCCUAUGUUGUUUCUGUCUACUCAAAUCUGUUUUUCUUCUUUCUUUUCUUCGUUGAGUUCUCAGACCCUGAUGCUUUAUAUCUUUUUUAAUGAAUCUGAAAGAAAUGUACAUUUGAAAAUAAACUCAAUAAAAUGAUACUUCAGGAGAUUACUGCUGACAUUGCAA